UCUCCGUUUAUUCCUUGGUCUCCGCUGUCUCCACGGUCUCUGUUGUCGUCGCGUAGUUGAUGUUGCAGCGGAAGAGAUGCUAGUUCUGAUGCUAAUUGAGAUGCUAGCUCGUCGAGCCUGCAGGACUGGCUUCUUGUCUGCACCGGACCCGGAUUCAGAUGGAUGUCUCCCGCUAACAAUAAGACCAAGACGAUCAUACUUCUUCGGUCUAGUUUGCCUGACGGGGACCACAGCACAGACAGCAGCUCCUUUCUGCCCAGACACUGGGCUCAGGCUGACACCUGGUGGCUUGAUCUAGCAGCAGCUCAGCAGCUCCAGGAGUCCACUGCCUGGCGCCUGGAGCUGAAAUCCUCCGUCUGUGUGGAUCAGAGGAGGUUGUUGCUGCCGUGACCGUCUGAGUGGAAGAACAGAAGACAUGUGGGUGUCCGUGUGCCUCCCCCACCCCCGCCUGCCUCUGUGGAAUGAAUGGAGGAGGAGGAGGGGUGAGUAGAUCUGGCUGUGUGACAUAAAAGCUCUCUGCAUAAAGUUCCCAUGUGCCCUAGCAGUUCCUCAACAGGUCAGACUGGACCUAACGUGGGUCAGAGCCGGUCCCGAGGAGUCUUUUAAGGUACCAGACUCACAGCAUUAGCAUUCAGACCUCCGUAUGCUGUGUUUUCUGCCCUUUUAAAGCCAUUUAAAGCCAGUGUUUUGCUCUUUUUCAGCUGUAUGUGUUCUGCUACCUCAAGACAAGGGUCUUCAUGCUCAGAGACCUAUAUUCACCCCUCAGAUACAGGUUAUUAUUGUGUUACUACGGUAGCACAUAUAAUAAAAUUGGAACGAUACAGAGAAGAUUAGCAUGGCCCCUGCGCAAGGAUGACACGCAAAUUCGUGAAGCGUUCUAUAUUGCCAUAUUUUAUCAUAUUUUAAUGAUUUUAUAUGAUUUUUCAAAGAUUUGGUUUAGGCGACACAGCGCCGCCCUGGCCGCUGGUGGUAUUGCAGCUGCAGAGUGGAGCCUCUCACGGCCCGUCACUGUGUUCAAAACUUUCCCUUCAAUCUAUUUAUCUCUUAAAACUACAACAAGACCUGAUCAAAUAUGGACUUUAGUGUCCUCGGGUGUAGAUAUAAGUGUUUCCUUUAGACUCAAAGGUUGAGGUUCACGUUUCUGCUCGCAAACUUCACUUAAUCUGGUUAUUUCUUACAUUUAUUUAUUUAAGUGUGUUGCAUCGUGUACACAUCUACUCGGAAAGGUAAAGCUAGGACUCUGUUUUCACAGGAAACAUGAAUGCGUUUUUCGCCUUCAAACUGAUAUUUUAAAUUGUGCGGUCAACACGAGUUCCCAUAUUUCCCACAGCGAUGAAUGCACCACCUGUCUGCAGUGUUACAGGCAGACAGACAUCACGACCACCUCUCAACGUGCAGCACUGGGAUUCACCGGGUUUUUACGUUAGAUUAAUUAACGGUAAAUUAACGGACAGUCGCCGAUAUGACCACGGAGGAGACGAACGUGGAUCUGAAGGAGGUGGAGACGAACGUGGAUCUGAAGGAGGUGGAGACCAAAGAUGAUGCUGAGCCGAAAGAGAAGGAGGAGGAUGAGGAUUGCGCUCCGGUCGCCGCGGAUGCUGAUGCGACGGAGGCCGAUGUGAGUGAAGCGGAUCUGGACCAGGAGGAGCAGGAGAAGCUACCGAUGACCUGGGGAGAAGGAGAGGGACACCGGGCCGUGGAGGCACCUUCUGCCGGGGGAGCAGAACCGGGAGCCACGGGUGAGAAGAACGGCUCCGUGAAGCUGAAGAUCCCCGAGGAGGAGACGGAGGAGGUGAAGUUCACCGGGCUGACUAAAGAAGAGCUGAUGAGGGUGGCUGGCACUCCGGGCUGGGUGCGGACCCGCUGGGCGCUGCUGGUGGUCUUCUGGCUGGGCUGGCUGGGCAUGCUGGGUGGAGCCGUGCUCAUCGUGCUGCAGGCGCCGCGCUGCAGAGACCUGCCCGCCAUCAACUGGUGGAACGAGGGUCCGCUGUACCAGGUGGGAGACAUCCAGGCCUUCAGCGACACCCGGGACCUGAAGGGCGUGGAGCAGAAGAUCGGCAGUCUGUCUCAGCUGAAGGUCCGGGGGCUGGUGCUCGGGCCGGUCCACGUCGCUCCGGCUGACGAUGCCAUGAGUCUGAGGUUCGAAGAGGUUUCCUCUGAGGCCGGGAGCCUGGAGCAGUUCAAGAGCCUCGUGCAGGCCGCGCACAAGAAGGGCAUCUCUGUGGUUCUGGAUCUGACUCCGAACUAUCAGGGAACAUCUGGACCGUGGUUCUCCAACACCAGUGUGACCAGCGUGGCCGAGAGACUCAAGUCUGCUCUGGUGUUCUGGAUGAAGGAAGGUGUGGACGGGGUGCAGCUGUCGGGGGUGGAGCGGGUCGCUGCCGUGGUGCCGACUCUGUGGGCCGACAUCCGAGCCAUCGUCCAGAACGGGACGGACGAGGGUCCCGACAAGAGGGUCCUGAUCGGCAUCACUGAGCAAUCCUCGGCUGAAGAGGUCUCCUCCCUCCUCUCCUCCUCCGGGGUGGACCUCCUCCUCUCGGGGGUCCUCCGCCCCCCCGCUGCAGACCCCUCUCAGUCCCUCCAGCUCCUCUACUCGUCCCACAGCCAGAGCCAGCUGGCCUGGAGCCUGGGGGGCCCGGCGGGGGGGCACCUGGCCUCUGUGGGGGGGGCGGCGCUGCUCAGGCUCCACCAGCUGCUGCUGCUCACCCUGCCCGGGACCCCCGUCUUUAACUACGGGGACGAGAUCGGCCUGAUGGACGAAGACACCAAGUUUCCCAGAAUGCUUUGGGACUCUGAAGAGGAGCUGAACGGGACUCUACAGGAGGAGCGAGUCGAGCGCCUGUCGCUCCGCAGAUUCUUCCAGACUCUGAGCGAGCUGCGAGUGAAGGAGCGCUCUCUGAUGUUCGGAGACUUCCUGCUGCUCUCUAACUCCUCCUCCUCCUCCUCCUCCUCCUCCUCCUCGCUGGCGUUCCUGCGUGUUUGGGAUCAGAGCGAGCGUUACGUGGCAGCCUUUAACUUCGCUGCAGCAGAGUCUGCGGUGCUGCAGCUGGUCGACGUGGCUCUUCCUCCGCAGGCGGUCGUUGUGCUGAGCACCAACAGCAGCGCUCUGCCCGGCGACAGCAGCGUGGACCUGAAGGAGCUGCGGCUCGGCCCCCAGCAGGCCGCGCUCCUCAGGUUUCCCUACACCGGGUAGACUUUAGAUCCAAUAUCUGUGUGUAGGUCCAGAAAACAUGAGGGUUAGAGCUCCAUUCAGACAGGAGGAGCCUCACCGUGCUCCCAUUUAGUUUCAUUUAUUCUUAAACCAUGAUGACACAAAAUCUCCCUUUUUAUAACUUAUUGAAAUUCAACACACAUCUGUGACCCGCUCUAUCGAAAUCAGUCGGAAGUCGCAACGGCUCAUUUCAAAAUAAACGUGGAUUUGCGUAAAAAACUAUUUUUUCGGGGUUCGGUGUUUUGUUUGAUUUUAAAUAAACAAAGUCUUGGCUUUCAGAAUAUGAAACUUUUAUUUCCAAAAUCACACGAUAAAUACAU